UUUCAAGAAAUUGAAUAAAAGAAAAAAGAAUACAUUGAUUUUGACCCUCCAUCCUCCAUACACCCAUAAUUUGUCAUGGACUACAAGUGACAAAGUUGGAGCAUACUAUGCCACAAAAAUUUAAGUUAUGACAUGGCACAAAUAGCUAAGAUCUUUCUAGUUUCCACCACUUAGAUUGCAAACCAACACAACUCACCCCACCUUAUCCAACCAAAAACACCCAAAAAAUCACUAAUCACAAAAAUUACUUACCAAAAAAAAUUGUUAUGUAGAACCAAACACCUCACCAUCUAGAUUUUUCAAGAAUGGAGAGGAGAGAUGAUCUCCCUUGCAACCACCACCGCGAUCCAUACGACCACAACCCCAAUCCCCACCACCAACGCGCCUUUUCUUCCUAUCUCCAAUCACCACCAGUUUCGCUCCGCCCAUCUUAUCAAAACUAAAAAUCGUCGCUCAGGUCAUGUAACACAUGUUACAAGUGACUCAAACAAAACAAAAGUGUCCUCAGGCUCAGAUCCAACGGUAGAGAAUAUAGAAGCAGAUAAACUGGUGGAUGGGAUGGAUUUUGGAGAAUUAUGUGAUGAAUUUGAAUGUAUAAGUAGUCCAUUGGUUGAAUCCACUGCUAGACAGCUUGUUCGUGACAUAUUAGAGCUCAGGGAAGGUAACCGAGCACUUGGUACUUAUGCUGUUUCUGUCAAAUAUAAGGAUCCAGUUAGAAGCUUUACAGGAAGAGACAAGUAUAAAAGGCCAUUAUGGAUAACUGAUGCACUUGAGAAUACCAAAGUGGCAGUGCAAGAAAUGGUAAUGCUAUCAACAAGUGUACUAAACAUCAAAUGGACUCUAAAAGGGAGGCCAAAAUCAUUCAUAGGUAGCAUUGGUGGAGAUAUAAUCAUUAAGGUGAAUUCUAAGUUCACCUUAAACCAGAUUAGUGGACAAGUAAUAGAACAUGAAGAAUCCUGGGAUUUAUCUUCAUCAUCGCCACUAGCUCAAGUGUAUUUCUGGGUAUCGCGCCGCCUUUUCGCAGCCAAAGAAGGUGGCAAAGAUGUGGUGGAUUCUGUCAAGGACAUGAGUAGCAAGGUUUCUUCCUCUAAGGAAAAUGUAGAUAUGUACCCAGAUCCUUCUGGUGAUCCUACCAAGUUUUUCCAAAGGGAUGAUAGCUACCAAAGGGACUUGUAUCAAAUAGCCUUAUUCCUUGCACUACUUUACUUUGUUGUACAAUACUUAAAAACAACUUUGUAAACCCCUCAUGAAAAACUUUUAUGUGUAAAUUUUUUUACUCAUGUAUAUGUAAAAUCAUUAAAAAUUUUGUAUUUGUGCUAA